CUUGAACCCAGAAACAAAUCCCUACUAUUAUCUAAAUAAAACAACCCCUUUUUGCACUUCGAUUGCUGCAGAAAUCCUUGUACAAAAACUAUUGUUUUGUCGCUUUCCAAAGGAUGGUUCAGUGGUUGAUCUUGCUAGUGCAAAAGCAAGAUCAACAAGGCACUUCAUUGUAUCCUACAGGCAUUUCGAGUUACUCCUUUUGCAUACCAGAUCUGGUGGGGGCGAAAUUAGCCUAAAGGAAAGUGGCAUUUGCAACACGCCUUGAAGCCAUUUGCAGAUUUACUACCCCACUUAUCUAACAAUCUUUAGGCUAAUUUCUGUUCUUAAAUUAUGGCUGCAACUUUGCGUGAGAUGGCUACUAAUUUCCAGAAGUUAGAUCGCUUUGAUGGGGGCAACUUUAUUCGAUGGCAACGCAAGAUGCACAUCCUUCUCACAACUCUCAACAUCGUUUAUGUUCUCAUUGAUGCUCGACCAGAUGAAAAUGAGAAUGAAACUUUGCAAGAUACAAGGAAAAGGAAAAAGUGGGAGAAUGAUGAUUAUGCCUGCAGGGGCUGCAUCUUAAAUGGCGAACCCAAGAGCUUGGGUUCACGAGGAACCCAGCUCGCGGGGUUCAUGCGGAACCCAGCUGGCUUGGAUCAAAACGGGGAGGACCACGACAAUCUUCAUAGGAAUCCAUCAUCAAAUAAUUGCCGCUGAUUAGGUUUCAGUUGCGGAAUGAGUUCCAGUUGGGGCAGCCGGAGCUGUACAAGCAAGCUGAUAGGGACGAUCCCAAAGCUCUCCUUUGGCUAACUUAGAAAAUCUUUAGGUAAAUGCAAACUAAAUGCCAUAAACUUUGUUUUAGUGU